AUGAGCACCCGUACAGGAGGCCGCCAGGCCAUGUCCGAGCUCAAGCUCCGUCGGCUGCUGGAGCACAAUCAGCGGCUGAGAGAGGACCUGGCCCGGCCCAGGGUGAGGGUCAGCGAGGCCAGUGCGAGUCUCAUACGGUACUGUAAAACAACAAAAGAUCAUCUCGUCCCAUCGGUGUGGGGUCCGGUUGGACGGGCGGAGGAUCCUUAUGGACAACAAAGAACGGACUGUCAUUGCUGCUCUUUGCAGUAG